UUAAAAUCAAAAAAAGUUAAUUUUGAAUAAAUGAGAAGUACUUUUGCUUUCAUUCUAAUAUUUGCAACAAUAUUUGGAUUUAUUUCAAAUCAAAGAAUUAGUGUUCCUUUGAAAAUCAAUGACAAGUAAUAAUUAUUCUUUACUGUCAAAUAUGGUGAAAAAUAAUGUUAGGUUGAUUUGAUACCUGCUAUUAACUUCUGUUCUAAUGUUAUAACUGAACCUUCGUAAGUUGCUGAUCAAUGUGGAUCAUUAUAUGUUGGAGAUAAUAAUUUUGCUAAAUCUAGAGACUAUAUUGCCAAAUUUUAGCUUGGGAAUGUCUCAGCAAAUCUUUAAUUCAGUGUACCUAAUGGAUCUUAAUCUAUGUUCUAUGGUGCAUAGGAACUUUGUUUUGGCUUCUAAAGUUAUGCUGAGUAACAAAACACUCUUAUUGAGCUUUUCUAAUCAGGAUAAUUAACCGAAGAAAUAUUUUUUGUUGGACUGAACAAUACUCAAUCUGCUAGUUCUACAGUUGGUUAUCUUGAUAUCGGUGCAGCAAAUGAAUCUUAAAUCAAGAAAGGAUCAAAUUUGAUAUCACUAUAAAGCUCUACAGGAGAAAGCUAGUAUUCUGCCAGCUCAAAUAGAAAUCUCAAUUAUGGUAGCUAGAAAUUAUAGGGUGGAAGUAUAGUUUUCUUCAGUUUAGAUUCUCCUUUCACAUAGUUAUCAAUAUUUGCUUUUUAAGAUUUACUUUCUGCAUUUAGCUAAUAAGGAGUUUAAUACACUUACUUACCUGAUUAAGAUUAUGCUGUAUACUUACCUUCUAUUGAUAAGCUCUAGAAUAUUACUUUAGGAUUAGUUGCAUAGGAUGGUUCUGUUUAUAAUGCUACUCUUGCUCCUUAAUAAUAUACUAAGCUUUUGAGCGAUGGAUAGUAUUAACUUUUGAUCAUACCUUAGUUCUAUACUACUUCUAUCACUUUGGGAUAUCCAGUAUUUGAAUCUUACUAUAUUGGUUUUGAUUUACCUCACAUAUCUAUUCUCAUUGCAGAAAAAGCUUAACAAAAUUCUUUUGAAGCAUGA